AUGAACGCACCUGCCGGUGCGCAAGCUGCGUGCCUCGAUAUUGACUCCGCAUUCCGCAAUCUGCCUAUCAAACCUGCGCACAAGCCUUUCCUUGUUAUCCAGUGUGAUCCGGGUGAUUUUUAUGUCGAUCACGUCCUCCCUUUUGGAGUCUCAUCUGGGACUGGCGUGCAAGGCGAGCCGAUGGACGCCAUCAUAGACAUUCUCGAUGCAAAUGAUAUCGGGCCUUCGCACAAGUGGGUUGAUGACCUCAUCACCUUUCGCUUUCCCACCAACCAAUGCAGCAUCUCUGGCGCAUAUGAGUACGCACUCGGAUUAGCUGAUAUCUUCCGCAUCACUGAUCCAUUGGGCGUCCCCUGGCAUCGGACCAAGUACUCCGACUAUGCAUCCUGUGCGAUAUACAGCGGUUUCCUGUGGGACCUUGGCCAGCGAUCGGUCGCCCUGCCCGAGGAGAAGCGCGCGAAAUACCUGGCAAAACUCACUGCAUUCAUCGCCACUGUCGAGCGCGGGCGGGUGUUACAACGUGACGCCAUGUCCAUCAAUGGCACACUUUCCCAUAUCACAUUUGUCUACCCGCAUGGCCGUGCCUUCCUCACUAAUCUCUGCAGUUUCAUUGCUGCCUUCACCAAUCGCUAUGCCCCCCGGUUCGCACCACGUUCUGUCCUCUCGGACAUGAAGUGGUGGCUCCACAUCCUCAACGUGCCAAACGUCACUCGUUCGCUCACACCCCGUGGUCCGCUGCAGGAUCUUGGCAUCUGGGUUGAUGCCUCCUCCUCCUGGGGCAUCGGAAUCAUCAUAUCCGGUGAGUGGAGUGCAUGGCGAUGGCGGGGAGAGGCCGAUGCAUGGAAGGGUGAUGGUCGUGACAUCGGAUGGGCUGAGAUGGUGGCCGUCGAGCUCGCUGUUCGAACGAUAGAAGCACUCGGCCAUCGUGAUGCGACUAUUCUUGUUCGCGGCGACAACAAGGGCGUCGAGGGCGCAUUUGCUCGCGGUCGCAGCCGCAAUCAUCAGGUCAACACCUCCAUCCGUCGUACAGAGGUCAUCGCCAUGUCUCUCAAUAUUCUCUUCAUCAUACGCUAUGUGAACACCAAGGACAACUUGGCGGACUCGGUCUCUCGCGGUGACCCGAAUCCCUCGAUGUCCCAUCGUCAGCUCUCCUUCCAGCUCCCUGCUGAGCUCGCAGCCUUUCUCACUAAUGUAUAA